AUGUCAAACGAUUACUGGCGAAAUGGCUGUUACGCACAAUGGGCGAAAUUCCCCGCAGAGAAUGUCCACCCUAUCUCCAGUUCUGUCACUGCUUCACCAUUCGAAUUAGCCGAAAUAGCCAGUCUCAUGCCAGCUCUUGGCGCUGCAAACUCCAUUUCCGUCUGUCCCGGCGAAACUGUUCUUCUACUACCCGCCACGGGAUUCUUCAGCUCGAGUGUGAUACCCGUGGUACUCGCUCUGGGGGCGAAUGUUGUGGUGGGUAGUCGUUCCCAAGAAUCGCUCGAUAGGCUGGUGAGCCACUUUGAGGGGGAAAUAGACGGAAGGAUAAAAAAGGUUGUACUAACCGGAGAUGCGACGCAAGACACGGAGGCUCUGAAGGCGGCAACACCAGGCGGUAAAGGUGCUGAUGCGUACAUUGACUACGCUCCACCGAUGGCCGAUGGAUCGCAUGUCUCGGCUGGCAUCAUGGCUCUCAAGCGAUAUGGACGAUGCUGCUUUGCUGGCGUAGUCAUCCAAGAUGUUGCGUUGCCCUAUGGCCCCAUCAUGGUCAACUGCAUCACUAUCCGCGGCCAAUUUGCACAGGGGCACAGAGAUGUGGCGCAAGUGAUCCGUCUCAUUGAGUCAGGAACCCUGAAGCUGCGAAAAAAGGUCCAGGGACCCUUUGCGCUUCAGCAGUAUGAAGCAGCGCUUGCGGCGGCAAAAGAAAGUCGCGGAUGGGACAAGAUGGUUGUACUCGCGCCGGAACAUGACGCUUGA